GAAAACAAAAACCUUGACGAGAGAGCAUGGAAUAUAUAUGUUUAUUUUAUUUUCCAAUUGACUUUGCCAUAUCAUAUAAACAUUCUCUUCUUUUCCCACUCUCUUUCUUUCAAAACAAACAGCACCACUGACAAAAUAAUAAAAACAGUAAAAAGGCAAACCUUAUAUACCACCUUCUCCUCACUCUCUUAAUUUCCCCUUCCGCUAUCAACGCUUUUUCUUCCUUUCUCUCUCUCAGUUUUCAAACAAGCCCGUAAAAUCCCAUAUUCCUUUUCGAAAAAAAGAAAAAUGAGAAUAUGACGACCCAGCCGUCUCAAGCACCGCCACAAAAUACCGUCCGUAAACUUGUUGUGGAAGUAAUCGAUGCACGUGACUUACUUCCGAAGGACGGCCAGGGAAGUUCUAGUCCCUACGUUGUCGUUGAUUUUGACGGCCAAAGAAAGCGGACCUCCACGAAGUUUCGGGAGCUUAAUCCAGUAUGGAACGAGCCACUGGAGUUCAUUGUGUCGGACCCAGAGAACAUGGACUAUGAAGAGCUGGAUGUCGAGGUAUACAACGAUAAAAGGUACUGCAAUGGCAGUGGCCGGAAGAAUCACUUCUUGGGAAGGGUAAAGUUGUACGGGAGCCAAUUUUCAAAGCGUGGAGAUGAAGGUUUGCGCUAUCUUGCUUUGGAGAAGAAAAGUGUUUUCAGCUGGAUUAGAGGCGAGAUCGGCUUGAGAAUUUAUUACUUCGAUGAGGUUGUGGAAGAGGAGCAGCCACCGCCACAGGAUCAAUCGCCGCCUCAUCAACCACCUCCGGAAGAACCACCGCAGAUAACACCUGCCGUUGUUGUCGUUGAGGAAGGUCGAGUGUUCGAGGUUCCUGGACACGUGGAGAUUUGUCAUCCAGUUCCAGAACACUACCAUGGUCAACCGCCACCAGUUACCAUAAUCGAGGAAUCUCCACCGAAUGUAGUGCAAGUGCCACCGGAUCCGCCUUAUCAUCCCCCGCCAGAUGAGCCGAUUCCGGUGGCGGAGGUCAGGAAGAUGCAGAACACAGGUGUCGAGAGACUUAGAGUUUUGAAAAGACCGAAUGGAGAAUAUUCCCCGAAAGUGAUCAAUGCCCGUAAAGCUCCCGGAAAAACUGCAUCAUCUGAAAGAAUCUAUCCGUACGAUCUGGUUGAGCCGAUGAUGUAUCUAUUUGUGAAAAUCGUGAAGGCUCGUGGCUUAGCUCCAAAUGAGAGUCCGUUUGUGGAAAUCAGAACGUCCAAUCAUUUAAAAAAAUCCAAACCGGCAUUUCAUCGACCUUGUGAGCCAACCGACUCACCCGAGUGGAACCAGGUAUUCGCAAUGGGUUAUAAUAAGAAUGACUCGGCCACCGCACUUCUGGAAAUCGCCGUGUGGGACUCUCAUUCGGAGAAUUUCCUUGGCGGUGUCUGUUUCGAUCUCUCCUAUGUUCCGGUGCGGGACCCACCAGAUAGUCCGCUGGCACCACAGUGGUAUCGACUGGAGGGCGGACGUCCCGAACAAGACAACAGAAUAUCCGGGGACCUUCAACUGGCCGUGUGGAUUGGAACUCAGGCUGACGAGGCCUUUCCAGAAGCGUGGAGCUCGGAUGCCCCUUACGUGGCGCACACGCGCUCUAAGGUUUAUCAGUCCCCCAAACUCUGGUAUUUGAGAGUUACUGUUAUCGAAGCUCAGGACCUCCACAUUGCUCAUAAUUUACCACCGUUGACGGCACCUGAGAUUAGAGUAAAAGCGCAGUUAGGGUUUCAGUCUGCACGGACGAGGCGUGGGUCUAUGAGUAAUCACAGUUCGUCGUUUCACUGGAACGAGGACUUAUUUUUCGUCGCCGGAGAGCCGUUCGAAGACUCGUUGAUUUUGUUGGUCGAAGACCGUACAGGCGAGGAAGCAAGACUGUUGGGACACAUCAUGAUUCCAGUGAGUUCGAUCGAACAGCGAAUGGACGAGCGACACGUGGCGAGCAAAUGGAUUGCAUUGGAGGGAAUAAGCGAUUCUGGAGAUGGCAGUGGGCCCUACCGCGGGAGAAUUCAGCUACGAUUAUGUUUGGAGGGUGGAUAUCACGUGCUUGAUGAAGCGGCGCACGUGUGUAGUGAUUUUAGACCAACGGCUAAGCAGCUUUGGAAGCCGGCUAUAGGAAUUUUAGAGCUGGGGAUUUUAGGCGCUCGCGGCUUGUUGCCAAUGAAAACCAAAAACGGAGGUAAAGGAUCUACUGACGCUUAUUGUGUAGCCAAGUACGGUAAAAAGUGGGUCCGCACCAGAACAAUCACAGACAGCUUUGAUCCACGCUGGAAUGAGCAGUACACGUGGCAGGUUUACGAUCCAUGUACUGUUCUUACCAUCGGAGUGUUCGACAACUGGCGCAUGCUUGCUGAUGUGUCAGAAGACAAACCCGAUUGGCGCAUUGGGAAAAUACGUAUACGCGUGUCAACUCUGGAGAGCAACAAAGUGUAUACAACUUCGUAUCCUUUGUUGGUGCUUACGCAUUCCGGGUUGAAGAAAAUGGGCGAGAUCGAAUUGGCGGUUCGGUUUGCCUGCCCCUCAAUGUUACCGGAUAUUUGCUCGGUUUAUGGGCAGCCACUGCUUCCAAGAUUGCAUUACUUACGGCCACUUGGCGUGGCCCAGCAGGAGGCAUUGCGUGGGCACGCAACCAAAAUGGUGGCCGCAUGGCUCGGCCGGUCUGAGCCCCCAUUGGGCCCAGAGGUUGUGCAGUUCAUGUUGGAUGCGGAUUCUCAUACAUGGAGCAUGAGAAGGAGUAAAGCAAAUUGGUUCCGGAUUGUUGCGGUUCUUGCUUGGGCAAUCGGGUUGGCUAAAUGGUUGCAUGAUAUUAGAAGAUGGAAGAAUCCGGUGACUACAAUUUUAGUGCACGUGUUGUAUUUGGUUCUUGUUUGGUACCCAGAUUUGGUAGUACCUACUGGAUUUCUAUACGUUGUGUUAAUUGGAGUGUGGUAUUAUAGGUUCAGGCCCAAGAUUCCAUCGGGUAUGGAUACAAGAUUAUCACAGGCAGAAGCGGUUGACCCGGAUGAUUUAGAUGAAGAAUUUGAUACAAUACCCAGUUCAAAACCACCAGAUAUAGUUAGAAUGCGGUAUGAUCGGUUGCGGAUGUUGGCUGCAAGGGUCCAAACAGUUCUGGGUGAUUUUGCAACUCAAGGAGAGAGGGUUCAAGCUUUGGUAAGUUGGAGAGAUCCAAGGGCCACUAAAUUGUUCAUUGGGGUUUGUUUAGUCAUUACACUGGUACUGUAUGUGGUGCCACCCAAAAUGGUGGCUGUGGCACUGGGAUUUUACUAUUUAAGGCAUCCCAUGUUCAGAGACCCCAUGCCAGCGGCCAGCUUGAACUUCUUCCGGCGGUUGCCUAGCUUAUCCGACCGGUUGAUGUAGAGUUGAAGAGUAGAUUAGGAAUUAGUAGUAAAUUUUUAUGCACCAAGUGGUGGUGGUGGUGGGGAACGAUGUUUACUGUUUGUGUUGAAAAGUUGUUCCUUAAUAACAUUGUAAGGAGUGAAAAGGGGUUUAAAAGGGGAACUGGCUAGUUGUCAUUGUUGUCUCUUUAUUUUUUCGUAUUUGAAUUCAAUUGACUGAUUAUU